AUGAAGGAGAAAGCGAUAAUUCACAAUCUCCCCCUAUUCGUUGUGAGAACAUCUGGAGACCACGUGCUGAACGGCUGGUGGAUUUUUGAAACGACUGUACACGACUCGAUCAGGCAUCAAAUCAACGACUACCGGGUUGGAAAUUCUUCCACAGACAAUAAACAAGAGUUCACGUUCACGUUUCAGUUCACGUUCAAGAUCAUAGAGAUUCUUAUCGCAGUGUUAUGUUCUCCUCAAACUCCUCAAUUUCUCAACUCAACUUUCUCCUCAACUUACUUCUCGGGAAAAAAGCUUGUAUAG